UGGAUGUUUAGUUAAUAAGUUGAACAAUCAGUAUAACAUAGUCUAAUCUACUGGAAAUAAACAGCCUAAACUCUAAAGCAAUAUGGACUCUAUCAAGUGUCGGAGUAACACUUUCACACUUUCACCACGAUGUAUUAAGUAGCCUGCCACGAUUCACGAACACCCGAACCUCACAAUUCACAAAUAAUCCGCAUUCAAGUUCCGGGUAUUAAACCCAUAUCCCCAUAUUCUCCCCCACCAUCCAACACUAGGGAUUCGCAUUCUAUUCUUCCCUGCCCCCCAAAUCUAUUCCGUAAUUCCUCUCUUUCUUUCCCAUUUCUUCAGACCCACAAUCAAAUUAAAAACACUACAUACCAAAAUUAAUAACCCGACAAAUUCAAAUAUAACCAUCAAAUAUCACCCCCUUUAAAUACUACUCAACUGGUAACGGAUCCCAGUCGUCUCCCCCCUUUCUAACUCUCUAGCUUCUUUCUCUCUCCUCUCUCCUCCAUCGCAAUGAAGUCUACCCCGAAACUCAUCGUCUUCCACCCUUCACUCUACAAACAAUCCUCCUCAACCUCGCCGUCGCAUCGUUUAUGGCUAUUCACAUUCGUUACCCUCUUUACCUUCACAUUCUUUUUAACUCUCUUCAAAAACACCUCUCCGCCACCACCUCCUCCACCUACCACCGAAUACCACCCCUCCGACGCCGUGUCCUCCGCCCUCCUCCACUACGCCUCUAUUUCAAACACCUCUGAUAAAAUGACCUCCGCCGAACUCAACGCCAUCGCAACUUCCCUCCAUCGCUGCUCUCCGCCGUGCAACUUUCUUAUUUUCGGCCUCACUCAUGAAACCCUCCUCUGGCGCGCCCUCAACCACGGCGGCCGCACGGUGUUCCUCGACGAAAAUGAGUAUAAAAUCUCGAAAUUCGAGCAGAACUUUACCGACUUCGAAGGGUACGACGUACAGUACACCACAAAAGUUGGGAAAUCGGCCGAACUUAUCGAUUACGCUAGGGUGCACCGUAAGGACGAAUGUCGGCCCGUACAGAAUCUCCUCUUCUCCGACUGUAAACUAGCGAUCAACGAUCUCCCCAAUCAUUUGUACGAGAUCUCGUGGGACGUGAUUUUGAUCGACGGUCCGAGAGGGUACUCGGCGAAGAUGCCGGGGAGAAUGGCAGCGAUAUUUACCGCCGCCGUAAUGGGGCGGAGCCACGGUGGAGAGACAAAGUCGGGGAAGAGAAAGAGUACGGAGGUUUUUGUGCAUGAUUAUGGGAGAGAAGUGGAAAGGGUAUUUAGUGAGGAGUUUUUGUGCAAGGAGAAUUUGGUGGAGGUGAAAGAUUCUUUGGCUCAUUUUGUGGUGAAGGAGACGAACAAGGGUGACAAUUUUGAUUUUUGUAUAGGAAAAUCAAGUAGCAAUUCUUCUUGAUAAUUAAUUAUAAAUAAUUACUUACAAUAUGAAUUAAUUAAGAGAUAAUAGUGUUAGAUAUUGUUAUAACUUAUAAGUUGUUAAUCAUAUAUGUACACUCGAUUGGAGUAUUGGACUAUUCGAGUGUAGGUUAUGUUGUUUUUGCUCAUUCUCCUUUACCAAAUGAGCAUGGUUCACUCGAGGUGGGUUAUCGUAACAAAAGUAUACUUAAGUGUAUAAUAUAAUAGUUGAUCUGAAGAAAGAUCGAUAAUUAGUGCGAAUGUGCAA